AUCUAAUAACCAAAUUCAAUUGGUCUCAUCUCAAAGAAUGAGAGGCCUAAUCACAAUCCCAAUCUUCCUCUAUCUAUUCAUAUUCACAACAGCAGCCUCAAAAUCCCGCCUCAUUCUAAACCGCGGCGAUUCCAUAACCGUCGGCAAAGAAUCACAGUUCCUGACCUCCCCCGACGCCACCUUCACCCUCGGCUUCUACGGCCUCGGCACCAAUGCCUGCUGGCUCGCCAUAUGGUUCACCAACUCCGCCGACAAGACCGUCGUCUGGACCGCCAACCGUAACCGGCCCGUCAACCGCAAUGGCGCCGCCAAGGUCACCCUCCGCCGCGACGGCACCAUGGUGCUAACCGACGUCGACGGCACUGUCGUCUGGCAAACCAACACGACCUCCUUCGACAUCGCUGCAGCUCAUCUCCUCAACACGGGAAACCUCGUGCUGAGGAGUCAAAAGGGAGAUAUUCUAUGGCAGAGCUUCGACUCUCCCAUGAAUACUCUCCUACCUUCUCAGCCAUUUACGAAGAGCACUAGGCUCACAUCCGUCUCAAGCCAAGCAAGCUUCGCCACCGGCAUUUUCAAUCUCUACUUCGGAAGCGACAACGUUUUGAGACUGAUCUCCGACUCCCCGGACACAUCCACCUCCUACUGGCCUAAUCCGGAUCUCCGCAUGUACGAAAACGGCAGAACCAACUACAACAGCAGCCGGAUCGCGGUUUUAGACGAUCACGGCCGCUUCCUCUCGAGCGAUCUGUUGCAGUUCAACGCUUCUGACGUAGGCCCGGGGGUUAAGCGGAGGCUUACGAUGGACUAUGAUGGCAACCUUAGGAUCUACAGUUUGAACGGUUCAACUGGGCUAUGGUCCGUCACGUGGCAGGCGCUUUCACAGCCCUGCAACGUGAAGGGCGUGUGCGGGAGGAACGCGAUCUGCGUGUACGCGCCGCUCCUGCCUAAGUGCACGUGCCCUCCGGGCUACGUGGUGGAAGACGAGACAAACUGGAACACCGGAUGCAAUCCGAUGUUCAAUCCAAAGCUGCUGCAAUCGAAGGAAGUGAAUUUUCUGCAGAUCCCCCACACAGAUUUCUACGGAUUCGAUCUCAAUACCACGGACCCCGUCACACUGGAGACGUGUAGGAGCAUGUGCUUGGAGGAUUUCCGGUGUGUGGCCUUCAGCUACCGUUUGUUAGGACAGGGGUUCUGUUUCAUCAAAAGCGCAAUGCUUAAUGGCUACGCAGCGCCCGAUUUUGAGGCUAGUAUAUACAUCAAACUGCCAGACACUCUGGCGCCAUCUAAGCCUAACAUAUUCCAUGCCUCGAGCCAGACGUGUGGCUCUGAUGAAAGAGAAGAACUCAUAGGUUCAUCUUCAAUGUAUGAUUUCGGUAGCAGGAGGGUUAAAUGGGUGUAUAUGUAUUCAUUUGCAGCGGCGCUGGGGGCUAUAGAGCUGAUGUUCAUACUCCUAGGAUGGUGGUUUCUCUUCCAAAAACACGGGAUACCUGCCUCAGUGGAGGCAGGGUACAACAUGAUCUCGAGCCAGUUCCGGCAGUACACCUAUUCGGAGCUGAAGAAGGCAACAAAGAAUUUUGCGGAGGAGCUGGGCCGAGGGGGCUCGGGAAGCGUCUACAAAGGUGUCCUCUCCGACGACCGGGUGGUGGCGGUGAAGAAACUAGGCGACGUUUUUCAAGCUCAUGAAGAGUACUUCGCAGAGAUAAGCACGAUAGGAAAGAUCAAUCACAUGAAUCUGGUGAGAAUAUGGGGAUUCUGCUUGGAGAGGAGGCAUCGCCUCCUCGUCUAUGAGUACUUGGACAACUUGUCGUUGGACAGACAUGUUUUCGGCUCGAGCUUCCUUUCAUGGAAACAGAGAUAUGCUGUUGCAUUAGGAACGGCCAAAGGGUUGGCGUAUUUACAUCACGAGUGUUUGGAGUGGGUGAUCCACUGCGACGUGAAGCCGGAGAAUAUACUUCUGGAUAGUGAUUUCCAGCCCAAAAUUGCAGAUUUUGGGCUGGCGAAGCUGCUGCAGAGGGAGGGGGAUGGAUCGGAGUUCACAAGGAUAAGAGGGACGAAGGGGUACAUGGCGCCGGAGUGGGCGCUGAGCCUUCCCAUCACCUCCAAAGUGGAUGUGUUUGGGUAUGGGGUGGUGGUGCUGGAGAUGGUGAGGGGGGUGAGGUUGGGUAAUUGGGGGGAGGAGGAGGGGGACGGAGGCGGGGCACUUUCCAGCUUUGUGAGGAGAUGGAGGGGGGAGGUGGAGGGGGUGGUGGAUGGGAGGUUGGAGGGGCGGUUUGGGCGGCGGCAGGCGGCAGCGUUGAUUCAGGUGGGGAUUGCCUGCGUGGAGGACGAUAGGAAUAAGCGGCCGACCAUGGCGACUGUGGUGCAGAGUUUGAUGGCAUGUGAAUAUGAAGAGGAUUGAGUUUUUUUUUUCUUUUCUUUUCAUGUUUUGGAUAAAUCAUUCAUCAUUCUUGUUCAAAUGUCAUUAAAAUACAAUUAAAUCAAGAAUAUAUAUAAAGUAUAUUAUGGAUAUUCAUA